CUCACAAGUACAAUAACUACAUAUCAUUAUUAUUAAAUGGAGAAUCCACCACGACCAAGUGAUGAUGAUCAUCACAAGCAAACGACAGAUUUAGCAACGAAGCCACCAACCAGACCAGAAAGCCACAUCCUCAUCAGCUGGUUGGCUACGCUGGUUCUAGUGUUGAUAGUCGUAGCGGGUGUGGCCGUGCUCAUAAUAUGGCCAGUCCUCAACCCAAAACGACUCGUUUACAGCGUCGAAGAUAGCUCAGUCCCAUACUUCCACAUCUCAAACGACAACCACCACCUAAACGCGUCGUUUAACUUCACCGUUCGGUCGUACAACCCCAACUCCCGAAUCUCCAUCUACUACGACUCGAUCCAGUACGAGCUCUCUUACCACGACCAAGCCCUAGCGGUUGGUGCGGUGGACCCAUUCUUUCAGCCUAAGGACAACGCCACUCGGUUCAGCCUCACUGCUGAUACUGCUGCUGCGUCCAAACAACGACUCAUCAUCCCAAGCUCGAUCUCCGCAGACUUGAAACUCCAGAAGAAGCUUGGUAAAAAGGUUGGGCUUGACCUCAAUCUCAAUGGAAAGAUUAGGUUUAAAGUUGGUGUUUGGAAAUCUUCUCAUCGAACCCUAACAAUCGUUUGUCCCUCUGUUUGGGUUGACUUCUCUGAGUUCAAGACCUUCAGCGAAACUAAUUGCGUUGUUAAACGCCUUUGAUUUUUUAGUUAGAACUCGUUUUUUGAUAUAAUUAAAAUUGCAUGUGUGUAAUAUAUAUAUAUAUAUAUAUGUGAUUGUUUUUGUAUGUAUAAACCUAUUUGAUUUGCUUUCGUAAUAAUGGGUUUUGUGAGAUUGUUAAUAGAUUAUUAAUGUUACUUAGCAAAGUUAAUGGUGCAAUUUAUUUUGUUGAUGGAAAAUGAGAGGUUUUGAUUAAAUUAUGUG